UGGGAGGCGGGCGGCGCUGGCGGGCACAGCUGCGGCGCCGCGCCCGGGCCGGCACCGGCACCGGCACCGGCACCGGCACCGCCCGCGGGACCCGGCGCUGCCUCCCGCCGCGGGGCUCCGCCGGCCCGGGCCGCAUCUCUCCCUCCCCUCUUCUCUCCCCUCCGCCGCCCCCCGGGCCAAUAAAAUGAUGCAAAGCUCCGCACUCGCUGCCGAAGGGGCUGUCAAGGGGCUUCCCGAGAUCCUCGGUGUGCCGGUGCAACAGAUCCCCCAGUGCGCUGGCUGCAACCAGCACAUCCUGGACAAGUUCAUCCUCAAGGUCCUGGACCGGCACUGGCACAGCUCCUGCCUCAAGUGUGCCGAUUGCCAGAUGCAGCUGGCCGACCGCUGCUUCUCCCGGGCCGGCAGCGUCUAUUGCAAGGAGGACUUCUUCAAGCGUUUCGGGACCAAAUGCACGGCAUGCCAGCAGGGCAUCCCCCCCACCCAGGUGGUCCGCAAAGCCCAGGACUUCGUCUACCACCUCCACUGCUUCGCCUGCAUCAUCUGCAGCCGGCAACUGGCCACCGGUGAUGAGUUCUACCUGAUGGAGGACGGGCGGCUGGUUUGCAAGGAGGACUAUGAGACCGCCAAGCAGAAUGAUGACUCCGAGGCGGGCGCUAAGCGGCCCCGGACCACCAUCACGGCCAAGCAGCUGGAGACGCUGAAGAACGCCUACAAAAACUCCCCCAAGCCUGCACGGCACGUGCGGGAGCAGCUCUCCUCUGAGACGGGCCUCGACAUGAGGGUGGUGCAGGUGUGGUUCCAGAACCGCCGGGCCAAGGAGAAGCGGCUGAAGAAGGACGCGGGGCGGCAUCGCUGGGGCCAGUUUUACAAGAGCGUCAAGAGGAGCCGCGGGGGCGGCAAGCUGGAGAAGGAGAGCUCGGCCGAGGACUGUGGCGUCAGCGACAGCGAGCUCAGCUUCCGCGAAGACCAGAUCCUCUCCGAGCUCGGCCAUACCAACAGGGUUUACGGCACCGUGGGGGACGUGGCAGGCGGACAGUUGAUGAACGGCAGCUUCUCCAUGGAGGGGACGGGACAGUCGUACCAGGACUUGCGGGACGGCAGUCCCUACGGCCUCCCCCAGUCGCCGUCCUCCAUCUCCUCCCUGCCGUCCCACCCACCCUUGCUCAACGGGCUGGACUACGCCAUGGACGGCAGCCUGGGGCUGGUGGCCCACGGGGCGCAGGGGGUGAGUCAGACGCUGCGGGCCAUGGCCGGGGGGGGCCCCACCUCUGACAUUUCCACAGGGAGCAGCGUCGGGUACCCAGACUUUCCCACCAGCCCGGCCUCCUGGCUGGACGACAUGGAUCACCCCCCUUUCUAAGCGCCGCUCACCCCCCACCCCGGCCCCCCUCGCUCCCCCCUAGCCCGCAAGCGCAGCACCGAGGGCACCCGCCGGCGGUUGACCUUUCCAGGAUUUCCCAUGGGAAUCGGCCCUGGAGGGCUGGAGGGGUGGGGGGGGGCGGCAUCGGCGAUGGCCAGGGGUGGUUGUGCCCGGGGUGGGGGGCACGGAUGCCUUUGGGUGUAAGCACAAGAGAGGUGUCGGCGGCACAUGGGACGCACAGUGAGGACUCCAGCACGGGGCUGGGGCACUGCGGGAUGUGCGAUGGCGUAAGCCGGCGGGAGGGAAGGACAAUCGGGGAUGGCAGAAUCCGUCCCAGUGCCCGCACCAGCCCUGCACCCCUCCUGCCGAGCACCGCUGCUAUUUUCAAGAGUUAUUUUUCGAUAUGGAGUUGCAACAUGACUCAGCGCUGCCUGGAGCCUCAGCGGAAAGAAAAGUCUAUAUUGUAGAAGGGUUUAUUUUAGCGAGGCUGGGGACCUGUCCAGGCAGGGCCAUUGCCCCACUGCCCGGGGGGCAUGCUGCCCUCUCCAGGCACAGUGGGAGCGAAGCCGUCCCGCGGUGGCUGUGGGGCCGUGAUUUAUCCCCAGGCAUGUGGGAGUGCUUACGGUGCGUCGCUGUGGGUUUUACCUCGGUUGCGCAGCAGGGAGGAAUUAAAAAAGAAAAAAAAGCCUCUAGCCUGAGAUGCCCAAGGGCCAAGCUGGGCAGCGGCAGGGCUGGCCGGGAUGCUGGAGGCGGGCACUUGCA